AUGAGGGUUUUACUUACUGGUGGAUCCGGCUUCAUCGCCGCUCACAUCCUUGAUAUCCUUCUCUCCCGCGGUCACACAGUCAUCACAACCGUCCAUGUUCCUGCUUCUAAAUUAGUUUUCUUCAUCGUGGAAGAUAUUGCCAAGGAUAAUGCUUUUGAUGAUUGCUUAAAGAAGUUUGGGGAGGGAUUGGAAGCUGUGUUGCAUACUGCUAGUCCGUUCCACUUCAAUGUAACCGACACCAAGAAGGACCUUCUAGAUCCCGCCAUAAUCGGUACAACCGCCAUCCUCCACGCCAUCAAGAAAUUCGCCCCUUCAGUAACUCGCGUCGUAGUAACCUCUUCCUUCGCUGCUGUUCUCGAUGCCUCGAAAGGAAAUUGGCCCGAUCACACAUACACCGAAGAAGACUGGAACCCCAUCACUCUCUCCGAAGCGGUCGAAAACCCAUCCAACGGCUACCGCGCCUCCAAAACCUUUGCCGAAAAAGCCGCGUGGGAAUUCGUCGAGAAAGAGAAACCCAGUUUCACCCUUAGCACGAUGAAUCCUCCUUUGGUACUUGGUCCUAUUGUACAUUAUCUGAAUUCCUUAGAUGCGUUAAAUACAUCUAACCAACGCGUGCGCAAUCUCCUACAAGGGAAAUGCAAAGAGGAAAUCCCGGACACGGGAACAUUCAUCUGGGUCGAUGUGAGGGAUUUAGCAUUGGCGCACGUGAAAGCGAUUGAGAUUGCGGAGGCAGCGGGGAAGAGAUUUUUCAUCACGCAAGGAUAUUUUAGUAAUAAGGAGAUUUGUGAGAUUAUUCGAAAGAAUUUCCCAGAGUAUGAGAAGGAGUUGCCCGGGAAAGAAGUCAAGGGCGGUGGGUAUCCGGAUGGAGGGGUUUAUAAGUUUGAUAAUGCGAGGACGAGAAAUGUGUUGGGGAUUGAGUUUAGAGGGUUGGAGGAGAGUAUUGUGGAUUUGGUGGGGAGUUUGAAGGAGGUGGGUGUUUGA